AUGAGGCUGUCGCUGGUGCUUGUGUGGCUGGGCGCCGCGGCGGCGUGCGGCCCCGGCCGCGGGUUCAACCCCCGCCAGCAGGCGCGGCGCUCCUACCCCCUCGUGUUCCGCCAGCACGAGCCCAACUACAGCGAGAUCAACAAGUCCGCCAGCGGGCCCGCGGAGGGCCGCAUCACCAGACACGACGAAAAGUUCAAAGACUUAGUGCCUAAUUACAAUCCGGACAUCGAUUUCAAAGACGACGAAGGCACCGGCGCCGAUCGCCUCAUGACCCAGAGAUGCAAGGAGAAGCUGAAUACGUUGGCGAUCAGCGUCAUGAACCAGUGGCCCGGCGUGCACCUACGGGUCAACGAGGGCUGGGACGAAGAGAACUCGCACGGCGAGAACUCGCUGCACUACGAGGGGCGGGCGGUGGACAUCACCACCAGCGACCGAGACACCAGCAAGAUCGGCAUGCUGGCGCGACUCGCCUACCAGGCUGGCUUCGACUGGGUCUACUACAGAAGCCGGUCGUACAUCCACUGCUCGGUCAAGACAGAAUCUUCUGUGGGCACUGGCGCUGGGUGCUUCCCGUCGGGCGCGGUGGUGCACACCGAGAGCGGGCCCAUAGAUAUCGCGGCUCUACGCAAGGGUGACCGAGUGCUUGCUGCCGAUGAUGACGGCAAGAUGAUCUACUCCGAGGUAUUAACCUUCAUCGAUCGAGAUCCGAACGUCACUCGAGAGUACAUAGAAAUUACGGCCGAGAACGGAGUGGCCAUCACGACCACUGCCUCUCACCUUCUGCUGCUGGCCUCCGCAGAGGGCUGGCGAGAGUCUUUCGCCGCCAGCGUGGAUGUAGGAGACGUGCUCCUUACUCGGGGCCGAGGCAGCGUCAUGAGGCCAUCCCGUGUCGUGCACACGCGUGUCCUCACGAAGCAGGGAGUGUACGCUCCCAUGACCAAAGCCGGCACCAUCAUCGUCGACGACGCCCUUGCCUCCUGCUACGCGCUCGUCAAGAGCCAUUCCUUAGCCCACGCCGCCAUGGCGCCUCUCCGGUGGAUGGCCACGUGGAGCGGCUCCAACGAUCUCCCCCGAGGCGUCCACUGGUACGCCAACGCUCUAUAUUCGUUUAGCGAAUUCGUGCUACCCACGUCGUACAAAUACCCAUAACACGACCAUUUCGAAGUGCGAAAGGACAAUACGAAGCGCGCGGGACGUGCGAAGGACAGUGUACAUAAUAAUGGUGUGUGUAAAUAGUAUGUGAAUGCGGACAUUACAAACUGAUAAUCUCGACCAUGUCAAAUCCGUUAAUGAAUUCGUCGACAACGAUUUAUUCUUAUCCACUGGAAAUUAUUUAUUAAGUAGUUUUAAGACCAUAUUUGCAAAUUUUGCACAUUAUUUAGUUAAAAUAUGAAUAUUUGUAAAUUGUGUCGGUAUUUGUUAUUCUGCACAAUGCAGAAAUACUUAAAUGUAUGCGCUUAUGUUUUUUAAGUAACUGUAUAAAUAGAUAUGUAGGCAUUAGCAAAUCCGAAGAAUAUUGUCAUUAGAUACUUAUUUCGUCUUCUCUGAUUGAAGCAACCCAGUGAUUUCUUUCCCAUCAGUGACCGAGUGUAACUAGACAUUCCUCCGUUGCAAUACUUUCCUUGCCUCACUUUCGAAAAGAUGAAAUUGUGAUCUUGGUACCUAAAACUGUGCCUUAAGAUUUUAUUUAUUGUUAUUUAUAAGCUAGGUAUCUAUUUAUAAAUUGACGCAAAUGUUUAAAUCUUACACAUAGAAGUAACUUAUUCUGUAUGCAUUUAUCUAUCCUUACUAGUUAACUUAAAGUUCUUACUAACACCCUAUUUCUAGAUUACUAACAUAUGGUCGUGUUUAAGACGGGAUCACUCCUGUAAUUUCUUUUGCAUGAUAUUCUAUCUAUACUCUUUGUUCUAUUUAUCUAAUGUACUUAAUAUUUAUACUCGAAACAGUAAUUAUAUUUAGGGAUGUAUUUUGUAUACAGAGUGUACUGUAGUGUUGGUCGACAGUCGAUGUUUACGUGUCGUCACUAAUUUAUUUGCGUCUCUCCAAGUGGCGCGCAGAUCGCUUAGAAGAUCUUGAACUGAAGCUUGGGUUCCUAUAGUUUGAAUUUAGUGGAAUGAUGUAUUGACAUGCAAUCAACUGUGUUUUAAGUUACGAUCUGCUUAUACUAUAACAUUUGUUUAAUAACGUUCUUGCUGGUCAAAGUUAAAUGGUUUAAUAUCUAAAAACAGGGUAUAAACUGAAUAUUGACGUAUGUCAUUGACAGCAGUAAUAACUUGAAGUAUUGCGCAACAGUUCCCUGUACGUAAUCUUUAUCUAAAUAACUUUCGUAAUCUCUACACAAUGAUGUAGAAUUUUGUAUUAAAAAGUAUGAAAGUACCUAUCGGAAAGCUUUAACUACAUAACGUUUUGAUGACGCAAUUUUGCCAUAAAUAUUGCCAUAUUUUAAUUGUAACGCAGAACAUCACGAGUUGUUUUGCAGUAAAGUUUUACAAAAGCACAAGUGAAUACCUUAUAAUUAAGUUGGUGUACAAUGCAUUACUUACAGAUAGUAUUAAGUAGACUUUUUGGCAUAAAAUGUACUUAUGUAAUUAAUGAAAUAUUUAUAAUGAGUCUGUCAAAAAAUAAUGCAUUUAUGUAAUGCAUCAUAUAUUUUCUACUUGAUAGCGACUAGAUGAUGUUCACAAUCAGUAUUUGUAAACGUAAGCUCGAAUUUUUUCGCGGCAUUCUUUUUUGAUAGACAAGUUUUGGAGAAUCCAAUCUAACGUGUAAAUUAAAUACAAUAUGUAAUUAUUGUGCUUUUAUAUUAUUUAUUUAUUGAUGUUAUUUUUGUAUUGAUAAAAAGUCGCUUCGUAGACAAGAUGUAUUAUUUUUCUAGACCCAAUCUAACCACACAUCUAACUAAGCUUUAAGCUUGUAGGGCAAUGGUAUUGAAUAUAACCAGCAUUUUCUAUAUUCAGUUUAAAUAACAAUCUACGAGUAGUAUCAGACAUAAUAAAAUGAUGGC